UACUGGGAUGCUUUAGUAGCAGCGGAUGCUGUUUUUAGGAUUAGUGUGGAUCUGUGGGUAUUGCAGGAUUGGGAUGGCGAAGAGGAAGUUCUACAGCUUGGAUCUUACUUUCAUGUGGUCUACCUACCUCAGAGUGACGAUGAAUAUGGGGUUGCGUGUAUGUGUCCACACUGGAAGGCUGCUCAUGCCUGUAUCCACCAGGACACCCUGUGUUCCUUCAUCGACACCUUGCGCUGCCUCCCACUUAUUGCUCCAUUCCCGGCCCCUCCUGCAGUUUUAUUACAGUCGACACCCUUCAAUGACAAGUUUAUUUUCUCUUGUGCGUCGGCUAUGGGUCGCUAUGAGUCUGGAAAAUGUGUUGUUGUUAUGUUGCAGCAAGAUGGCCAUUGGCAUUGCCAUUCGUCUUUUGCAUUGGAAGCCGGACUUAUGGUGAACAUGCAGGAUGGUCAUCAAAUGGGUGCGACGGAUGAUGCAGCUGGUGAUGAGGAGAGCGCUGUCCUUGUUCGUGCGGCACAAUAUUCAUCGCAGUGUGUCUGUGGGUUAUCGAUGCCACAAGCAGUCCUCCAAGGCCAUUCUGGUCCUCGAGUAUUAAAGACAGCUGUGUUAUAUGGACUUACUGCCCGACGAACAGUGUCAAUUGAGUUGCUCCCUUGUCCAGUCUGUUGCCAUUCUCGUUGUCACAUCGGCCCUGAUCUCAGAGACCAUGGUAUAUUCAACUGGAACAACACAAUGUUAUUUUUGCACGAGCUGUUGAAUGCAUACACGAAUUCAUACACUGCAUCAGAGACACCAUUCUCUGCAUUUUGUUUGACUGUGCGACGUUCCUAUCAAGAUGCUGGAGAUGAAAAUAGCUUUUGUUCGGAUGACACCUUUGUUCGAGUCUGGUUUGCCUUCACUCAACGACAGUGUCUUGACAGUGGUAUGCAAUGCCCUACAUGUGGCUCAUCUCCUGACAUUGUAAUCGCGGAUGGAGUCAGUCUGGGAACUCAUGUAUCCAAAUUGACGAAGUCCAUCUCACCACCAACCUCUGUUGAUGAGAGGAGUGAGCGGGUGGACUCCAUAUCAUCAUAUCGUGCUCGAUGCCUUCCAGCUAUCCCUCAGAAGGACAUUCGUACCACAGUGAACAAAAUUUUAGAUGCUACAAUCACACAUAUUCCUAAUAUCCUGCCGGACAUGUCAAAGAUCGAUGUGCAAUACCCAGAAUUGUCAUCUUUCAUCCGCCUCUAUUGUUCAAAUGGCACAAACAGCCCAUAUUAUUGGACUUAUCGAGAUCUCAUUCAACAAAUUGCUGCACCUGAUAUCGUAUUGCAGCUAAUACCAGUGGCAGCAAUUGAGCCAUUGCAACAACUGAGAGAACGAGGGAACCCACCAAACUGGUUACAGAGUAUAUGUCCAGCGUUCGGAGCUAUACGGAAACAACGUAUAUACUCAAAACUUCAGUAUGACAACCAAGGACUUGAUCGGGAUGCAGAAGAAAUGGGUGACUGCAACAAGUUUUACAAAACCUACUCCAAAAACAAUCUCACUGGCGGCAUUCUCGUACUU